UUUCUCUUUCCCUCGUUUAAUUUUCACUAAGAAAAAUUCGUCCUUUUUUUUUUUCUCUGAGGAUCAAUAGGGUUUUGAUUGUUCUUUGAUUGCUUUCAUUCUCGAAUCUCCUCAGAGUUCCUAGGGUUUAUGUUUAAUCCCUUCUCCUUUGUUGUAUUAGAUCAUCAUAAUUUUGAAUCAUAUCAGGUUACUUGGAGUUAGAGGAGUUUAGAAUCGGCCUUACAAAGUUAUACCAUUGCACUUCUUUCGCCAUGAAUGCCAAUUUAGAGGAACAAAAGAAAGGAAAGUAUGUUCUAAUUCGUGAUGGUGAGGACUCUGAGUUAGGAGGACUCUUCUAUAAGCCCCUCCCUUGCUUCGGUUGUGGAAUCGGAUGGUUCUCGUUUCUUCUUGGAUUUUUCUUCCCAAUUGCUUGGUACGUUGCAACAUUUCUAUAUUUUAUCAACUAUUACCGUAGAGAUCCACGGGAAAGAUCUGGUCUUGCUGCCUCUGCUAUAGCUGCUUUGAUAUUCUCUGUUGGACUUGUGAUCACCGUGCUUGUGCUCGUUUUCUCCGGUCGGUAGAGUCUCUUGUUUACAGUUUGCAUAUUCUUUCUGAAAGGGAAACAACUUCAAGUCUGUUUCCACAACAAGUAAAACAUUUCUAUUUGACGGUUUUGAAGAGAAGAUACUGCUAGUCCUGUUAGAAUCAUCAAAAUUCGGUUUGCUUUGUACAUAAGUGUAUAGUUUUUUUAUACAAUGGAAAUGAGAUAUUUAAAUCCUUCUGGAGAUCUAUCUUGUUUCACGCUUGUAUGUUAUUCACAUUGGAACCUUUAACCCAGACAAGAAUCAUCAUAGCCAAGGUUAUGUCUGGUUCUUAUCUUCCUUCUUCAAAGUCUCUUCUUUCUUUCUUU